AUGUCCAUUCACCGAGGUCAGGGUGCCCAAGAUACAUUUGAGAACUACUACAGGAAACAAAGAAAGAAACAGGCCCGCUUAGUCCUGCAGCCUCCUUCCAACAUGCAUGAAACGUUAGACGGCUACAGGAGGUAUUUUAAUCAAAUUGUAGGGUUUUUUGUAGUUGAAGACCACAUAUUGCACACCACCCAGGGUCUGGUGAACAGAGUGUACAUUGAUCAACUGUGGGAGCUGGCAGUGUCCAAAACCAUGUCAGCGCUCAGGACUCAUUCAUCAUAUUGCUCUGACCCAAACUUGGUCUUGGAUUUGAAGAACCUUCUAGUACUCUUUGCGGACACUCUCCAGGGUUAUGGAUUUCCAGUAAAUCAGUAUUUCGACAUGCUACUCGAAAUCAGAGAUCAGUACAGUGAAAUUCUGCUCAAGAAGUGGUCGGGGGUCUUCAGAUAUAUUUUAGAGUUGGAUAACUACAGUGCUAUUCCUGUCUCGAAUGAAGAGGAGUACAAGAGAGUGAUGGGUCAAUUUCCAUUCCAUGAUCCAGAGCUGGAAAAUCAACCCUUCCCCAAAAAGUUCCCGUUCUCUGAAUUUGUGCCCAAAGUCUACUCCCAGAUUAAAGAGUUUAUCUAUGCCUGCCUGAAGUUUUCAGAGGACUUACAUCUGAGCUCAACUGAAAUAGAUGACAUGAUCCGGAAAUCCACUAAUCUCCUUCUGACCAGGACACUGAGCAACUGUUUACAAAAUGUCAUCAAGAAGCAGCAUGUAGGACUCACUGAGCUUGUACAGAUUAUCAUCAACACCACGCAUCUAGAACGAUCUUGCAAAUUUCUGGAAGAGUUCAUCACAAACAUUACCAAUGUACCACCAGAAACCAUUCAUGCCACCAGGCUAUAUGGUACAGCCACCUUCAAGGAUUGUCGACAUGCUGCAGAGGGGGAGAUCUAUACCAAGCUAAAUCAGAAGAUUGACCAAUUCCUGCAACUGGCGGACUAUGACUGGAUGAGAGCAGAGCCCAACGGUCAUGCCAGCGAUUAUUUAAUUGACCUCAUUGCAUUCCUGCGCAGUACAUUUGCUGUGUUCACGCACUUACCAGGGUCUUGCUUUGGCCUCUGCGCGGACACUGGAAGGGAUUUGGGUGAAGAUGGAGGCAUGGAAGAAAUGGUGAUGGGACAAGAAAAGCUGCUGUCCUGGGGUAAAAAACCUGGGGUAAACAAUUAA